CUGUGCUGCUAGCGCGGUUAGCCUUAGCUUACCGAUCACAUUCAUUACUACAAAUACGGUAUCUGUAAUUCUUUACUUUAUAGUGGUCUGUCUAAACCGAUAUGCCUCCGAAAAAGCCAGCUCAAGCUACAGGCAAUAAGAAAACCCAAGAGAAAAAGAAAGAGAAGAUCAUUGAGGAUAAAACCUUUGGACUGAAAAACAAAAAGGGAGCUAAACAACAGAAGUUCAUCAAAGCGGUCACACAGCAAGUCAAGUAUGGACAGCAGAAUGCACGGCAGAUUGCUGCCGAAGGUGAAAAGAACAAAAAGAAGGAUGACAAGAAGAAGGAGCUGUCUGAGUUGAACGAGCUCUUUAAGCCAGUGGUGGGCGCUCAGAAAGUCAGCAAAGGUGUGGAUCCCAAGUCAGUGCUGUGUGCUUUCUUCAAGCAAGGCCAGUGCACCAAAGGUGAUAAAUGUAAGUUCUCCCAUGACCUCAGCUUGGAGAGAAAAUGUGAGAAGAGAAGUGUGUAUGUGGACGGCAGAGAUGAAGACCUGGAGAAAGAUACCAUGGAAAAUUGGGAUGAAAAGAAACUUGAGGAAGUUGUGAACAAGAAACACGGAGAGGAUGAAAAGAAGAAGGCAAAGACACAAAUUGUGUGCAAGUAUUUCCUUGACGCCAUUGAAAACAACAAAUACGGCUGGUUUUGGGUUUGUCCUGGGGGAGGUGACAACUGCAUGUACCGCCACGCUCUUCCUGUGGGCUUCGUUCUGAAGAAGGACAAGAAGAAGGAAGAAAAGAAUGAGGAGGAGAUCUUGCUGGAGGAUUUAAUAGAGACUGAGCGAUCUGCCCUUGGACCAAACGUCACUCGAAUUACUCUGGAAACAUUCUUGGCCUGGAAGAAAAGGAAAAGGCAAGAGAAACUGGCUAAAGCAGAGCAGGACAUGGAGAGAAAGAAAGCCGACUUCAAAGCUGGCAGGGCGUUUGGAGUCAGUGGAAGAGAAGUGUUCGAGUUCCGACCUGAGCUUGUUAACGAUGACGAUGAGGAGGCUGAUGAUACUCAUUAUGCUACAGAUGAUGAUGAUGACAAUGAACUUUCUAAUCAGGUGGAGGAUGUAGAUGACGUUCAGGAUAUUGAUAUUGCUAGAUUUAUCCCUAAAGAAGUGGACAACGCAGGUAUAACAGUGGCAGCAGCUGACCGGUUCACUGCCAGAGCUCCUCCCACAAAUGACACGGAUGACAAUAAAUUGAGCGAGGCCUCAGGCGGCCCUAUGGAGAAUGGAGAACACAGCCAGGAUGAAACACUGGAGGACGGGGCCGAGGAGGAGUCAGAGGCAGUGCCAGUGGAUGAAAACCUCUUCACCGGGGAGGACCUAGACGAACUGGAGGAGGAACUUAACACACUGGACCUAGACGAGUAAAGACUGGGACUACUGCAUCAUUCAUGAACUACACAGGGCUUGAAGUGAAUGACAAUAUUUUCACAAAUAACUACGACCAAAAUUGCCAUGUCAGAAACAACAGCUCUGCCUGCGAUAUGCACCCUCAUCACUCGAGGUGUCCCGGGAAGCUACAGGAGAGAAUGGAGUACAUACGUCUCGUGUUCUUUCUCAAAUUUUAUGAUUUAAGUUUUCCCUUUUUUUUCUACCCCAAUAAAGCACAGUCAUGUGAGGGUCUUCCAUUUAGAUCUGUCUGGUUCCAUGUGGUUCUACAGCAGGAACAUAGUCAAAAUAUUGAUUAGGCUAUUGAUUUGAUACUUCUGCAUUCUCUCGAAAUAAGACUUGAUUUAAUGAUCAUCUUCGUAAGAUCAUGCUACUGAAAUAACAAAGCAAAAUUUAGAAUUUCCCUCUUCAAGCACUCUUGGAAUUGGGUUCCCCCCACUCUUCUGGUGAAAUGAAAUGUUGCUUUAAUGAAUACAAAGAAUUCAUUCUGUGGAAUCAUUUCAGUUUUUAAAAUGUAACCAAAUGCAUGCCUGUAUCAGGAUCAGAAUGUAAAUGGCGAAUAAGUGUGACGCUGACUUUCAAGUGUUCAAUAAUCAGUUGAUGAGAUUGAGGUAUCGAAUGUGAAAUCUCUUGGAUGCAGAUGUGGCAUCUGGCCUUACAGAAGGAGAUAUAGGAAAAUACAUCAUUGCUAGUAAGAUUUUAUGUUUUGGAGUGCUUUUGGGAAGCUUCAGAGAGCAAAAGAUGAGCUUGAAAGAUGAACUAGUAAUGUGUCUUUCCUUUUAUAUUUAAAUGUUUUAAACUGCCUUCCCACCAACACACCACAAAAAAUUGUAAAUAAAAGGAUAUCAGAUA